AUGCUUUUUGAUAUGUUCAUUAAUCAAAAUCAUGGACUCAGUAGCGAGGCUAACUAUCCCUACACCGGUGUAGAUCGUACAUGCAACGCGCAGAAGGAAGCAAACCAUGCAGCCUCGAUAAUUGGCCACGAAGAUGUGCCUGCUAACAGUGAAAGUGCACUUCUCAAGGCAGCUGCUAAUCAACCUAUUUCUGUUGCCAUUGAUGCUAGCGGAUCUGAUUUCCAAUUCUAUUCAAGUGGUGUUUUCACAGGAACCUGUGGAACGAGUCUAGAGCAUGGUGUUACUGCUACUGGUUAUGGCAUCAGCGAUGAUGGGGCUAAGUAUUGGUUGGUUAAGAAAUCAUGGGGCACAGAAUGGGGAGAAGAAGGUUACAUAAGAACGCAAGGAGAUGUUGCUGCACAGGAAGGUCUUCGUGGCAUUGCUAUGGCAGCCUCUUACCCCACUACCUAA